AUGAACGGACAAACCAGCACCAGAAGACACAGACUCGCUGCCCGUGCACUCAUGGCUCCAGUCGGCGUAAACACGGUACCCGCCAACCCGCCAACACCAGUUUCUGAUCGCCAUCGUGAAGCCCGUGCUACCGCCUGGCAGCUGCACCCCAUCGACAUCUCCGCCGACACGUAUUCCAUCCCUGAGACGCCUUCCGCCGACGCGAACCCGGUAUCCGCCAACAUCGCCGCCGGUGCCAACCCCAUGAUCGCCGCGGACUCCAACCCAGCACACCACCUCCUGAACGCCAGCCCCGAGCCAACGCCUACGGGUACCUCGACGCAUGGCUUCAGUAUCAUGGGGAACCCAAGCCUGACCGUCCCCGCCCUCUGCUUUCUCGGCCUCGGCGCGACGCUCGUCGGCGGAUUCAUGUUGUACUUCGCGACCAAGUACGCGUGCCGAGGCGUCAAGCGACUACGGGAGAGGCGGCGCGCGGGAGAGAAGGAGGUGGAUGUCGAGGGUCAACGCACCGAGGCCGAUGUCCUUUGGGCGCAGAAGGAGGUCACGGAGAAGCCGACCUCGUUCGCGGUGUCCGUUGGCUCGGUACAGUCGCAGGCCGAAUUCACGGAUGCGCGUGCGCAGGUGUGGUUCGGACGGAUGGAGGGUGUGCCCGUCAGCGAUGCGUCGCUGGUGUCGAAGGUGGACAUGGCCGACGCCCGCCAGGUCUACCCUGCGCCUGGCUCUCCUCUCGCCCACGAGACCUGCGCCGACGCGUCGCCUCGUCCUUCCGCCUACACCCCCGUUCGUCCUCACAUUGACUCCCUGCCUCGUCGUCACAUUGAGUCCCUACCUCGUCCCUCCCGGCCUGCCCUGACGCACUCGGACUCUGUCGACUCUCCGGCCUCGGGCCGCCCGUGCCCUCCGCUCUACGGUCGUAUCCGCUCCGACUCGGAGAACUCGCAUGGCUCGGCUCGCUCGCAUGGUUCGUCUCGCACGCGUGGUUUGGACUCGCCUGCGCUGUCGGACGGGAUGCUUAACUCGCCCGCUUCCUUGGACUCUCCCUCGAGCUUCGACUCGCCUACGCUUUCCGGUCGCGCACUCGAUUCGCCUACGCUCUCGCGCGCUGCUCCGACUAUGGCGACAUACGGCUCGACUACGGCGACAUACGCCGCUCCGACUACGGGGACGUACGGUUCGACGCCCUUGUAUGCGCAUGCGCACGCCGCGUCUGUCGAUAUCACUACGGCGACCUGUCUGGCUUCGAACAUUGAGCAUGGACUAGAUACUUCUGCCUCCGCUACUGGACACGCCUCCGCAACUGGAAAUCCCUCGGCAACUGGAUACGCCUCUUCGACCUCCGCCGCCGGAACUAUCUCGCCCCAACCGGGACUGGUUACCUCCGUCUCCGCCGUGCAACUUGCUACCUCCGCCUCUGCCGACGACGCCCGCCGCUUCUCGCAGCGCACUCACGCGUCGGUGUACACGUUGGGCUCUGCGUACUCGCAGGAGACGUACGAUUGGAGGAGGUCGAGGGGGACGCGCGAUUCUUACAGGGCGCGCGAUUCGGCGAGUACUUGGGACUCGAGGCGGAACACGACGGAAUCAGCUUCGACUUAUCGGACUCGCGAUUCGAGGAGCUCGUACCGUACUCGCGACUCGAGGAGCUCGUAUCGCACGAGGGACUCGAGGAGCUCGUAUCGCACCCGCGACUCUGCGAGCACGCUCCGCACUCGCGACUCGGCGAGCUCGUACCGCACGCGGAACUCGGCGAGCACGUUCAGGUCGAUGAGCACCUUCCAGUCGUUUGACUCGGCGAGUACGUGGGAGGGGAGGCGGGAGAGGAGGGAGCGGUCGGAGUCGAGGGCGUCGACGAGGGCUUCGAGGGCGAUGGUGGAUUCGCAGAUAACGCCGACGAGGGCUUCGAGGGCCACGAUCGAUUCGCAGAGAACGCCGACGAGGGAUUCGCACAAGACGCCUACGAGGGAGUCGAACAAAGCGCCUACUCGGGAAUCGCAAAGGACGCCCACGCGGGAAUCGCAAAGGACGCCUACGAGGGAGUCGCAGAAAACGCCCACGAGGUCAUUGACUCGCGACUCUGAGCGCACGCCAACUCGGACUUCGACUGGCAGAUCUCGCUCAAACUCGGAUCGCUCUGGUUCUGGACGACGUUCAAGGGCUGACUCUCGCCGGUCGGACUCUAGGCACGCUUCGAGGUCGGAAUCAAGACACUCUUCACGAAUCAAGGCACUCUCGCUCCGAAUCUCGUCGCUCCCACGACUCUCGCCGUUCCUCCUCUUGCUACACCUCCUGCUACUCGUCGCGCCCCUCAUCGAGGGCUUCGAAGCACUCGGCUCGUUCUUUGCGCCGCUCGUCGUCUUGCCACUCGGGCUCUCGUCACGACUUAUACGUUCCGAAGUCGUCGUUCCGGAAUGCGCGCACAGGCGCCGCGCCGGGCUCGCGCUCUUCGCGCCAUACAUCGUACUCUUCGCGCCACACCUCGUACUCUUCGCGCCGCACGUCGUACUCUUCGCGCCGCACGUCGCACUCCUCGCGUCGUUCGUCAAGGUCUUUCCGCCGUACGACGAGAUCGUCGCGCGGGUGGAUCCCGUCGGUGUCGUCGCUUCCGUCGCUGGACUCGUUGCCGGCAAGGAUCGCGACGUGGAGUUUUCCGCUAUCAAGGCUUCGAGGAGCGCCGCCGCCAUGAAGACCUCGCAGAGCGCCGUCGGUGUCAAGACCUCGCAUAGCGCGGCCUCGGUCAGCACGCGGAUGGUGAUUGAUGCGUUCCCGGAGGUGCCGAGCUCGAGCGAGGAUGAGGAGGUCGGGCUGGCGUAUGAUCGCUUGUCACAGGCGACGCUCGAGGAGGCUUCGGCGUCGACGAUGUCGACACCGACGGCAUCUUUGUCGACCACGGAGGCUCCAGCGGCGGUCCAGCCAGCCGCGACGUCGGUCCACUCGGUCUCGGCGCCAACCACUCAAGUCACCACCCGCCCUCGCGCCCCCAGCACGCCGAAGACGCGUCGCGCGACUGCGGUGGUGGGCAUGCCGAGGACGCCGACGCAGAGGAAGCGGGCGGGGUAUUCGGGGGCGAAGGCGUCUGAUGCUCCGUUGCUUGCCCUGGCUGCUUCGACGUCGACCGUGGACGAGUCGUCGACGAUAGGAGAUGAAUUCGCGUCGGAGAUGGACGACUCACCCGGCCGUACGCCGCGUGCUCGGAUGGGAAUGGAGAACAUCGCGUCGAGGAUGGACGAAUUCGUGCCUAGGAGGGACCUCUUUGUGCCCAGGAAGGAGAACGUCGUGCCCGAGCUCGCGGCCCCUCGCAAUCGUUCGGUGAAGGCUAGACGGCAGGCAAUCGUUGCGCCUAUGCGGAGCGCGCUUGCGCCGUUGAGGUUGGCGCAUGGACAGGCGGCGUCGCAGGAUGUGGAGGUGUUUGGGAGGUUCUAG